AUAAUUUAAAAUGGAAGAAAAGAAAGAAACUUAAGAUCUAGCUUAAUUAAAAAAAGAAAUGCUUGGAACAGCCAUUGUAAAAGUAAUAUUUGUUGUUAAAUAAAGGAUACAGAUAUGACUCCAGAUAUGCUUUCAGAAGUUUAAGAUUCAAUAGUUUCAGGAAUUGAAAACAACUCGGCUCCAAUUUUAUCUAUUGAAGUAUCAUAAUUAUUCAUUUUAAUAAAGAAUGCAUGCAAAACAAUUAAAGAAGCACUUGAAAAAAAGUAUGGUCCAACUUGGCAAGUUAUUAUAGGUAAUUCAUAAUUAUUAUUAAUUCAAGGUGAAGGAUAUGCUUAUGAUGUAACAGUUUAAAACAAUACAAGACUAUUUAUGUUCUAUAAUGGUAAUUUAGCUUGUCUAGUGUUCAAAUCAUGA